CUUUUUAAAAUUAUCAAAUUAUUCUUUUAAAUUUAAAUAUAUAUAAUUAUAAAGUUUAAAAUUUUUUUAAAAAAAUAAAGAAUAAUGAUAGAAAUAUAAAAAUAAAAUACUUGAAUUUUUAAAAAGGAUAAUUAAUUUAAAAUACGUAAAAAAAGAAAAAUAAAUUACUAAUAAAAAAUGGAGGGAAAUUAUUAUUUCUCGCCAACCUUGCCCGACUUAUUAGAAAAAUGUUUUGUUUUUUUGGGAGAAGGUCACUUGUAAGAAAAAUGUUGUCCCUCUAUAAAUAACAGUAAGUACAUAUGCACCCACCCACCUGAAUAAACAAAGACAAAAACACAUACUAAUAGAUACAGAGAUGGCACGUUCUUUGAAAGUGGCGGUGAUCGGAGCCGGUGUCUCCGGUCUGGUCGCCGCCCGUGAACUUCAAAGAGAAGGCCACCGAGUCGUCGUCUACGAAAAAGGAGACCGACUUGGUGGAACAUGGGUCUACGACCCACGAGUUGAGUCCGACCUACUCAGCCUCGACCCGAACAGAGAGAUCGUUCACAGUAGUACGUACCAUUCGCUCCGGACCAAUUUCCCUCGGCACAUAAUGGGUUUCUCGGACUAUCCGUGUACAGUUAGGAAAAAUGGGGAUCCGAGGAAUUUUCCCGGGCGUGAGGAGAUGCUCGGGUUCUUGAAUGAUUUUGGGAGGGACUUUGGACUCACUGAGUUGAUUCGGUUUCAUACUGAAGUCGUCCGAGUUGAGCUGGUUGAGUUGAGGAUUGAUGAAUGGAUCGUUGAGUCGAGGACGAGUGGGUUGAGUUCAGUGGAUAUUUUCGAAGCGGUAGUAGUGUGUAAUGGUCACCACACUGAACCACGGAUAGCGAAUUUUCCAGGCAUUGAGAAAUGGCCUGGAAAGCAAGUGCAUAGUCACAAUUACCGUGUUGCUGAACCAUUUCGGAAUCAAGUUGUGGUAAUGAUUGGAGCUGGGUAUAGUGCGAACGAUAUCUCCAGAGAAAUUGCUGAAGUUGCCAAAGAAGUUCAUCUUUCAUCAAGAGCCUCAGAUGUUAAAAUCUCAAAAUUAGACAGCUAUGACAAUAUAUGGCAGCAUUCAAAGAUUGAUUAUGCUUAUGAAGAUGGAACAGUAGCCUUUGAAGACGGGUGUUCUGUUAAAGCAGAUAUCAUUUUUCAUUGUACCGGGUACAAAUAUCAUGUUCCAUUUCUGAAAACAAAUGGAAUUGUGACCAUUGAUGACAACCGUGUAGGACCACUUUACAAGCAUGUCUUCCCACCCCAGCUUGGUCCUUUUCUCUCCUUUGUUGGAUUACCUUUUAGGAUCAUUAUAUUUGGUAUGGUGGAGUUACAAUCCAAGUGGAUAGCCCAUGUUUUAUCCGGUAAGGUGUCUCUGCCAUCCAAGGAGGAGAUGCUCGCUGAUGUUGAACAACUUUACCGGCAUAUGGAGGAAUCCAGGAUCCCCAAGCACUUUACUCAUCAAAUUCAUCCAAAUCAGAAUGAAUACAUGGACUGGUUGGCUGCUCAAGUGGGUAUACCACCUGUGGAGGAGAAGAUAAAAAAGAUAUACGCACAGCAUUGGGAGAUUGUUCAUAGUUCUCAAGUGGAGGGAUACAAGGACAGAUGGGAUGUCGAUGACUGGAUAAGCAGCCAAGCUUUUUAGUUGCUGGAAACAGCAUAUAUAAGAUGCAUGCAUGUUUUUACUGCAUUUUCGUUUGUUUGCAAACAUGUUCUUGUAUGGAAUAAAAUUUACCAUAAUAAGUUAUUUACUU